AUGAGCAACGUCACUCUCGAAGAGCUUCUCCGCAAGAUCCCCGCCCGCUCGCUCGUCCAGCUCGCUGAAUCGGAUAAGAAUCUCGCGGCCGCCGUUGAGCAGGCCAGGACCAACAAGAAGGGCGAGCUCAAGCCCCUCGCCAGCGCUGACGCCCGCAAGAUCAUCCAGCACGAGAUCCGUCGC